CGGAGAAAAAACAACACCUUCACCAACACAACUCCACACCCCAAGCCUCUCAACAUGGUCAAACCAAUCACUGGCAUGCUCCGACGGGGUCUCGUCCUCGAUCUUUCCGUUGCUUUCGGUCUCGGAACUGCUGCUGGAUACCUCUGGUGGUACGGCUUCCACAUUCCCAACGUCCGUCACCGCGACUUGUACUACCAGAAGCUCGAGGACAAGCGCGCGGAGACUCUCGGCCGAUCAUAGAUAUUCCCACUCGCGCGCGCACGCAUACACCACGCUUGACCGGG